AUGCAGAUGUCGCUAUCUGAAAUCGAUUAUGAUGCUGAACAGUUGAAGGGAACGUGUUGUGAGGCUAAAAAGUCUGGCGGUGGGAGAUCGGCCGAUUUGAACAUUAAGGUUGAAAUGCAGGUCUCAGAAUUGAUGUUCUCGCGAGUGUUGCUCGCCCUGCUUGUUCAUCGCGCCACCAUCAAGGAGUGGGCUUGUAUUGGUUGGCCUACACCUGCCAAAAUUCGAGAGGCGGGGAAUGGUCCUUUCCACGUGUCGAGCCUCCAGCGAUUGCGACAGUUUUGUUGGAACUUGGCGACUCGAGAGAACACCUCUGAUUGGGGAAACUUGGGGCGGGCAAGUUUUGUCAACCGACAACAGCGGUUGCGUGCACAGGCGAUGAAGACUGUUUAUGUUACCGGCGCCAGGUGCAUCGCUUCCAAAUGA